ACCAUUACACAAAAGACUGAAUUCCUAAACAGGCUGACUGGCGAAGUUGGCUUGACUAUAGAAUUGAUUUUGGACUAAUCAGACAUAAAGAAAAAAAUGCAGAGGUCCAGGACAAGUGCCCAAGAAACAAUAAUCAAAAGCCUUAAAAUUCACAUAAAUUCCACAAAAACCUUAUCAUCCCUAAAGUGACCUUAACCCAACAAAAAUGUUGCUGUAAACAUUAACCGAAUCAACUAAAAUAAAUAAAUAAAUUAUUUCACCAUAAUGGAUUCUACAAAAGUCGACACAGAAGACAAAAAUCGACACAAGAUAUCCAAAGGCUAUUUUAUAUUUUUCCUGGUUAAUUAUUUGCUGGUGAACCAGGUUGUCGAAGGCUGGGUGCAGGAGCCUCAGGCCAGGAAGUUUUUCAAAUAUGCAGAUUUAACAAAUGUCCCACAGUUUUUGGGAAGUACUUUAAGUUAUAAUAAUAAUUUAAAUGAUAAAGACACGAAGCAGUAUUUUAAACUCCUGCAGCACGAGACGCAGGACUCGAUAUUAGUUGGAGCAAGAAACGCAGUGUACAAUCUAAGUCUUCCUGACCUAAUAGAGAACAAAAAUCAGCGUAUAGAAUGGCCUAGUAGCGGUGCACAUAGAGAACUUUGCUAUUUGAAAGGAAAAUCAGAAAUAGAUUGUCAGAACUACAUACGAAUCGGAGCCCUUGAUACGUCCAACGCCCUCCUGGUUUGUGGAACGAACUCAUUCAAGCCCUUGUGCAGAAGGUAUCGUAAUCUGAACAACAAUGCUUCCAAGUUACACGAACAAUUCGAAGGCAUAGGAGUAUGCCCUUAUGAUCCAACGCACAACUCCACUGCUAUUUAUGCAGAUGGAGCUUUGUUUUCGGCAACUGCUGCAGAUUUUAGUGGAGGAGAUCCUUUGAUCUAUAGAAGUCCCCAAAGGACUGAACGAUAUGACCUUAGACAACUUAAUGAUCCUGCAUUUGUGGGUUCUGUUACAUACGGAGAACAUGUUUAUGUAUUCUUUAGAGAAACUGCAGUCGAACACAUGAAUUGUGGAAAGGUGGUUUAUUCCCGUGUGGGUCGCAUAUGUGCCUCAGACAGAGGAGGUCCCAGGCAUUUUGGAGACCGAUGGACAAGUUUUGUGAAGGCUCGUUUGAAUUGUUCAGUUGCUGGUGAUUAUCCAUUUUACUUCGAUGAAGUCCAGGCUGUCAGUGGGCCCCAUAAGGGUGUACGUGCUGGUGGAGUGGAGAGCUCGGUUGUGUAUCUAGUAGCUACAACAGCACCUUCUGCAAUUGGAGGCUCGGCUGUGUGUGCUUUUGAUAUGGAUCAUGUUGCCAAAUUGUUUGAUACGGCUUCGUUCAAACAUCAACCACAUGGGAUUAAUUCUAAUUGGCUACCAGUGCCUCCUGAGCAAGUUCCAGUACCCAGACCAGGUUCUUGUUUGGAAGAUUCUAGGACUCUAUCAGACAAUAAUGUUAACUUCAUCAGAGCACAUUCGUUGUUAGAUCCUGCUAUUCCUGGUUUAACAAGGCAUCCUUUGAUUACACGAGUCAGUUUGUCACACAGGAUGUUCAGUAUUGCUGUUCAACCACAGAUAAGAGCCUUAAAUGACAAAACCUACGACAUGCUGUACAUCGGCACGGAUGAUGGCCGUGUGUUGCAAGCCCUAAAUACAGCCCUGGCAGUGUCCCUAAAUGCAAGCAAUCCUAUUUUGGUGUCCGAAUGGCAAUUGGCACCACAAGGCGAACCCAUCAGGGAACUAAGAAUGGCAGGUGCUGCAAAUAACAGAUUUUUAGUUGCUGUAACUGAUGAAAGAGUCCUGGCAGCAGAUACAAGAUUUGUUUGCAAAUCAGCUUCCAAUUGUCGUGAGUGUCUACAACUAAGAAAUCCUGAAUGUGCCUACGACCGACGCAACCAAAUGUGCAUAUCUCUACAAGAUCACCCAUAUCCCAACAAAGAACGCUUCCUACAGAGUCUAGACCCUGAAGACUACCAAUCGGUAGCCAAUAGUGAUGCAGAACUCUGCAAAAAGUCUCAAACAUGGCCAGGAGUGCCUGCUUCCAGACGAAGACCUGAUGCCAACAAGGGUCGUGAUGAGACUGGACAUUCUGGUGAUGGAAGCGGGGAAAACAAAAGAAUUUCAUCGGAUGAAUUGGAUAAUGAAAUCGUUAUUGAACUUGUAGGCUCUAGAGCAUUGGCUGAUGAUGUUGGAGUCUUGAGGAACGGAGGAGGUUUGAAUGAUAAUGGAGACGAAGAAAGGAUAGGUGCUGUUCACCCUGACGUGGGUGCUAUCAAAUACUCAUCGGGCACAAUGCAUUCUGUGAUAAUUAUAUCGAGUUUAUUAACCCUGGUAUGCGGAUUUGCUUUAGGAUUUCUGUUUUCAAGGAGAAUGAGAUACCACAGACAAGGUCCUUAUGGGGACCAACACAACCACAGGCACUUGGAAUCGAACUUUUCCACAUCAGCCCAAUGCUCGCAGUAUGUAGUUCCUCCAAACAACAAAACAAACAAUGUACCACCCAGCAAUAUUAAUUUACUCAAAAAUGUACCGACUUGUGAGAAACAAGAUAAUCUUCAACACGAAUUAGCUAAGCAUCACGAAUUAAAGAAUUCAACAGAGAGUUUAGAUAGAAUGGGUACGUUGCAAAAGGCAAAGAAAACAUAUAUAUGA